GGGAACGAGUCCUCUGGUUCUACUGUGAGUGUUUAAUCUGGACCAGUGUCAUGGAGGAACUGGCCCGGGAGAGCAUCAGCCUGCUGGCCCGGUCUGCAUCUCACGCCGAUCCCCCGAGGCUCGGCUCGUUUGGAGCGGUGUUCAUCAUGCUGAAGUCCGCUCUGGGAGCCGGACUGCUCAACUUCCCCUGGGCCUUCGAGAAGGCUGGGGGUGUGAACACUGCCAUCACGGUGGAGCUGGUAUCUCUGGUGUUCCUCAUCAGCGGUCUGGUCAUCCUGGGUUAUGCGUCGUCCGUCAGCAGACAGAAGACCUAUCAGGACGUUGUGAGGGAGGUGUGCGGACGAGCUGUGGGACAGCUCUGUGAAGUCUGUUUUUGCUUCAACCUCUUCAUGAUAAGCGUUGCCUUCCUGGUGGUGGUGCAGGACCAGCUGGAGAAACUGUGUAUUUCUUUAUACGAGACGGUGAGUGGAUCGACGGAGGCAGACAUGCCUUAUCACUGGUACACUGACCAGCGCUUUGCCCUCUUCAUCUUGUGUCUUUUCAUCAUCCUGCCUCUGUCCAUCCCGAAAGAAAUAGGCAUACAGAAAUACACAAGUGUUUUAGGGACGCUUGCUGCAACGUAUCUUUGUGUCGCAGUUGUCGCCAAGUAUUAUCUAAUGGAGAGCCGCCCAGUUGUCACUGCAGAGCAAAGUCAAGGAUUGAGUUCCUGGGCCUCCAUGUUUAGUGUGGUACCAACCAUUUGCUUUGGCUUCCAGUGCCACGAAGCCUGUAUAGCAAUCUACAGCAGUAUGGAGAACCAGCGGCUCCUCCACUGGGUGGUCAUCUCUGUGCUCUCCAUGUUUUUCUGCUUGCUCGUCUACACUCUGACUGGUGUGUAUGGCUUCUUGACGUUUGGGCAAGACGUGGCCUCAGAUAUUCUUAUGUCAUAUCCUGGGAAUGACGUGGUCAUGAUCAUCUCCAGGCUGCUUUUUGGAAUAUCGAUCAUCACGAUAUAUCCCAUUAUUCUUCUGCUGGGGAGAUCUGUGAUCCUCAACCUGGUGCUACGAGUUCAGAGAAAUCGCCGGGGAGUCGUGACGCAUUCGUUUGAGUGUCGCUGCAGAGUGCUCCUAACGGUGGCCUGGACCUCCUUCACGCUUCUGAUUGCCAUGUUUGUCCCAGACAUGGCCGACGUCAUCAGCGUUAUCGGAGGAAUCAGCGCCUUUUUCAUCUUCAUCUUCCCUGGUCUUUGCUUAGUGUUCACAAUGCAAACUGAAGACGUAUCUCCAAGAGUCCGGGAUGCUUUGACCAUUUGGGGGAUUGUGACGAUCGUGGUUGGAGCUUUCAUCUUUGGACAGAGCACCACCAUUGCUGUGAUGGAGAUCUUUCACAAGUUCUGAGCUUAACCCACCAGUUCCUAUCUAUCUAUCUAUCUAUCUAUCUAUCUAUCUAUCUAUCUAUCUAUCUAUCUAUCUAUCUAUCUAUCUAUCUAUCUAUCUAUCUAUCUAUCUAUCUAUCUAUCUAUCUAUCUAUAGAUAUAUAUACUACAUCUGUUUGAUGGAUUGAAUGGAUUGUAUUUUAGAGAACAUGUUUCUGUACUAAGUUAUAAAUAUAUGUCUGAUUAUAGUUAGGCGUCUGUUUGAAUAUUGUUAUUGCAGCUGAACCCUGCCAGGGGGCGGUAUUGCCCCAUCUAUAAAAUACUGAACUAUUAGAUUUUUCAUGUCCACAUCAUGUAUGAAACUGUUCGUUUAGGCAAGAGUUAACAAGCUCUUGUCCUGUUUGCUCGUCCCUGUGAUAAAUUUGACAUGCAAAACGAUGUUUAAGUGAAAUUAGCAAGACGACGCUCUUUUAAAUGCAAAACAAUGAUUUCAGCAUUCUGGAAAAGGUUCACACUCCAGUGAAUGUUUUCCUGUCUCAAUUUUUUUAUUCCAUUUUCUCCACUGCGAAUCACAGCAGCGGUAUAAAUCUGCAGCUGAGGUGUGCAGAACGGAGCCGUUUAUUUGUCCACUUCAAGCUUAAAUGGGUUUUGGGUCACAGCUCCCAAGCGUGCGCAUGUGAAGUGAUUUACAGUGAAUCCACAAACUGGUUGUGACAGAGCUUUGGCUCAGAGGGGGUGAAAUUAUCAGCAUCAUAUGAGCCAGAGGUGCAAGAAGCCUCGACACGGCGCCUGUCUUCCUGAACUCACAGUUGAAGCUGAAAAUAAUUGUAAAGCAUCAAAAUGCAGAGCAGCUUUUAUGGAUUCAUCUGUUAUGUAAUGGAUGUUUUCAUCUUGUGCAGAACUACUUAUAGGGGCAAAACCUGUGACACUCUGCUUGUGUUUAGUCCCCGGGAUUAUAGUUUGACCUGGCCAAAUGCCUAAAUCCAUUAAAUGCAGGAGGGGG